AUGCACCGAAGCCCCAUCACGCAGUGCAGUGCACCCCCCCAACCCCCCCUCCUCCCUCUCUCCCCCCCUCCCUCUCUCGGUGCUGCAUCCAGCCGGACUUGUGCCGACAGCAACCAUAUUGCCUUCAACCUGGCAUGGCUCGCCAGCGAGUGGGGCGACUUCAGUGGCAGCGACACAUGGUUGUGGCAGUAUGCGGACUGCAGGGCAAUGGAGGGCAUCAGAUGUGACAGGGAUGGAUUCGUCAUUGCCAUAGAGCUGGGUAUGAAGAAUCUUCAAGCACCUAUACCUGACAUGAUCAGCCGCUUUCAACGUCUCAGAUACCUGUGA